AUGACAACUUUCGACAAGCUGGUGGACGGCGCAACGAAGAUCAAGCUGGCACCGCCCAAGCCGAAGUACAUCGAGCCGAUCUUGUUGGCAACAACAGAGGGCGAGAGGUCAGACGACUUCCGAACAGUCAUGCGGGCGUUGGGUCGGCGGCUACAGGAUUCCGCAUGGACCAUUGUCUACAAAUCUUUGCUAGUGAUUCAUAUAAUGAUAAGGGAGGGCGACGAGAACGUGUGCAUAAAGUACCUCUCGAGCCAUCUCUCGGUCUUGGACAUCCACAUCGGUAAGUCGGGCAAGUUCAUUUCAAACGGCGGCGAGUUGAACCAGGUGUACUCUUACGCACACUACCUGGCCACGAGGGCGAAGGAGUUUGCCAACACGGGGCACGACUUCAUCAGGGAAACGAAGAAGCCGUACGGCAGCUGGAACUCGUCGGACAAGUCGUCUAUCCUCAGAGAGAUGCCGGUCGAGAAGGGGCUCUUGCGGGAGACGGAGUCGGUGCAGCGGCAGAUCGAUGCGCUCGUCAGAUGCAAGUUCAGAGAAUCGGAGAUCAACAACGACUUGCUCGUCUUGAGCUUCCGCAUGCUGACGACUGACUUGAUCUCGUUGUACCAGUGCUUGAACGAGGGGGUCUUGAACUUGCUCGAGCAUUUCUUCGAUUUGAGCAAAUCAGACGCCGAGAGAGCGUUCGAGAUCUACGAGCACUUCACAAAGGAGACCAAGAAGGCCAUCGAGUUUUUGAGAGUGGCGAAGCACUUGGAGAGUGUCACCAAGUUGCGUGUCCCAACCAUCAAGCAUGCCCAGACCAGUUUGACCUCCUCCUUGAGAGAGUACUUGGACGACCCCGAUUUUGAGAUCAACAGGAGACAGUACUUGGCCGAGAAGGAAUUUUCAAAGCAGGGUGGCACGCAACAGCAAGCACUGCAACAGCAAGCACUGCAACAACAGGCGCAUGCUCAGGCGCAAGCUCAGCAGCUUCAGUUCCAGAUGCUACAGGCUCAGGCUACGGCAAACGCCGGGGUGCAACAGCAAGCCACGGGUUUCAAUCCGUUCUCAAACAUGAACACAUUCAGCAUGCAGCCUGCGCAAGCCACCGUUCCACAGCCGCAGCCACUCACUAUCCAAACCUCGCAGUCGUACAUCCAGAACCCCAUGGCGCAAAUGAACUUGGCGGCAACGGUGCCUAUGAACUUGCAGACACCGGUCCAGCAGACACCGAAUGCGUUUUCCACAGACUCAUCUCUGGUUCAGCCUCGUGUGCUUUCCAACAACUUCACCGGGAAUGGGUUUGGCGCCUCCACCUCCACCACUACGCCUCUGACCACGCAAGCAGACCAGGAGCUACAGAGAAGGUUGCAGAAUGAAGCUCACACUGGAGGCAGUAACGCAGUCCGUGCUGUUGCCACGGGCACAAAUCCGUUCAGACUAGAGACACACAGUACUGCCAGCCCCUCUCAUAGCAGCAACGGAGGACUGGCGACUGUUUCCGAGCUCAAGAUGCAGCCCACUGCGGGUGGGCUGGAGAGGCUGCCGACCGUUCCUGUGUUUCCUGAGACGCAACGGGAUGCUUACCAGCAGCAGUUGCAGAGACAGGCGGGAAUCGAGCUCAGCCAGCAGGUGUUGCAGAAGCAGAUGACGUCCAACCCAUUCUCGCAGCAAGCCACGGGCAUGAUCCAGCAGGCGUCCCUCAACCCGAACAGCUACACGGGGAACAACGGUAACGAUUUCAACUUUGUCGGCAUGUCUGCCAGCAAUGUUCCCAACGCUUACCUCAUACAACAGCAGCAGUUGCAGCAGCAAAUGUUGCAACAGCAACAACAACAACAGCAGCAGCAGCAGCCUGUUUACAGUAGCAUUUACAAUGGUCCCAACUUGCUAGGUUAG